GCAAGAUUCUCGCGGGGCAAUCUACAUCCUUAUCAGGUAGACGCUCUCGGCGACUGUAUUGAUACUACGCAGCAGGAGUGUACGUAUGGAGUGGGGAUUUUGCACAUGGGACCAAUAGCAGCCUGCUCCAAAAAAAAGAACAAAUCGCGAACUGAAAAGGUAGAUAAAGACGGGCAGUCUCGCUAGCUCGCCAAGCUAUUUAGUAGAGAGGCGCGCGGCCUGAAAGGAUCGCGGCAGCUGGAGAAUGCAGGCGGCGGGAGUGUGGCUAUUGGCGAGACAGCUGACGCAGUACGCUGCCGCAGUACGCUGCCGCAGAUCGGCCUCUUUUGCUGCUUUGGCUUGCCGUUCCAUGGCCAGACCUGUCGCUCUUUCCGGCCCUUCGGACAGGAGGGAUCGGAUCGUCUCAAAUUUCUGGCGACUUCUGAGGGCCGCUAGAAAUUUGAGUCGAAAAAAGGGGCGCUUGUGCAAAAUCCCCAAAUGCGCCAUCUAGUGGGGAUAGAAAUUGGGGAUCGCGAUUUGGGGACUUUGUACAGGCAUGACUUUCCAGGACGCAAGCCAAAAACUUUCGGGCGCUUGUGCAAAAUCUCCAAAUCGCGGCAUCCACUCGGAACUCAGUGGCACGAAGCUCCUACUAAUCAACCACUUUCCCCCGGGGCCUCGAGCAAACCGUCGAAAGGGCUGCGUCCUCGUCGGCAGCUUGUGCCAGGCUGUCGCACUCAUAGCUCACACGCCCUCCGCUGCGUGCAAUCCUCGAGCUUCCGCGAGCCUGGCCAUUUGCCUCCCACCUAGCUAGGCAGCCCGCCACUGAUUGCAUAUAGCUAGGUAGAACGCCUCAUCAUCAUCCAAACUUCAAAAAUUUUCGCCAAGCUGCUUCUGGCGCUCCCCAUGUGCAAAAUCCCCACUCCAUAAAACAGUAAUUAGCAAGAAUGAAUGACAUGAGAAAAAGAAAAUAGAAAAAGUGCGUGCACGGCUCGUCUGAUAAGUCCCCGAGGUGUUCUCCUAGCGUGGCCGAACCUCAGGGGCUUGCUGGUCUCGCGUAUCACGGAGGUCAUUCCCCGGUUCUUCCGCGUACUGCAACACAGAUAAAAACGAUGUCCGCCGCUGCGACAGGCCCGCUCAUUGGUUGGGUCGGUCUCGGCAGAAUGGGUGCGCCUAUGGCUGCGCAUAUUGGCAAAAAGGUAGGUGCUGCUCGACUGCGAGCCUUCGAUGUGAGCGAGGAUGCUAGAAGAGCGUUUGGUGACAAGUUCGCGAGUUCAUCAGUUUUGGUUGAUAACGUGCGGGCUUUGCGCGACUGCAGCAUCGUUUUUUUAUCGGUUCCCACAUCUGUGGAGGUUGCGCAAGUGGCAGCGCAGCUCUACGAUGUAGAGGGGGCUCCAGAGUUGCAAGUAAUUGAGAAAACGCAAAACCUCGAUUGUGGUACGUCAUCAACUUCGCCAUCAAGCACAAGCAGUUCUCCUACUUUGUCGUCAAGUGAAUUUUCCCCGAAAGACGUGAGAAGCGAUGAGGCUGAGGACCAUCAAAAGCUACUUGUUGAUUGCUCUUCCGGUGAUUUCGAGAGUACGCAGCGAAUCGGUGCUUUUCUAGAAUCACAAUGUGGUGUCAAUCUAGUCGACUGCCCAGUUAGCGGCGGUCCGCGCGGGGCCGAAGCCGGCACACUAGCGGCCAUGAUUGGCGCAUCGGAGCAGACUGUUUAUGAACGCCUCGAUAGCCUUUGCAGUGCGUUCGCACAGACGAAUCGCGUCUACCUAGGCGUUCGUGGCGCAGGCCACGCAGUGAAGAGCAUCAACAACGGAAUGAACUCGGCGAAGCUUGUGAUGGCGACCGAAGGAGUUGCGGCUCUACGAAGUAUCGGAGUGUCACCGGCCACCGCGCUAGACUCCAUUAACAAAUCUUCGGGUCGGAGUCUGCAGAGCAUGGUCCGUUGGCCGGAAGAAGUCCUCACCGGCAGAUACGACUAUGGCUUUCGCUAUGGACUAAUGCACAAGGAUUUGCGACAAUGUGUUUCGCUCUUUGGUAAAGUCUCUCCUUCGUUUGCGAGUGUUUUGCCCUACGUGGAGAAAGUUUUCGCCCAAGCGGAGGAGAAAAGUGGAGGAAAAAUUAGCGACGAUGACUACACGAGAAUAUGUCAGUUUGUUCUAGAUAAAGCUACGACAAUUGACCAAGCAAAUGCUAUGGCUAAGGGAGAGGUUGGCAGCAGUUCAUCUUCAUCUGAUGUGAAAAAUGAAAAUCUGGAAAUAUGUCGUGCAGAGAUGAGCUUAUGAAUUCAACUAACAGUAGAUACUAUCCACUUUGUCUCGUUUUGUUCUAGCACAGUGACAGUUCUCUCCGCUUCAAUGCUCAGUAUUAGGGGGUCGAUGUUUUCAGUACUAUCAGUUUGCUGCUUCUUAAAGAUGGUGCGAGGUGGACGCGGGUAGAUGUAAAACCGAGUGAAAUGUCGUCUCUACGGAUUCCGCAGAAGAUCCACAGCCACCUUGCUCUGUUUUCGCGAUGCCAUCAGGAAAUAUAGAAAGUCAUCAGUGGACAGUGAAAAUGCAAAAGAAUUUGAAUUCAAAAUAGCUUUUUUCUGCUGCGUAAGUCCAAAUAAACGUCGCAAAUAGAAAUACCGUUGUUAAAAUGCUAGCGGUCGAACACUGUUUGAACUUGCCUUAUGACAGAUCAAUCAUGUGUUACGUCAUGCGCAUCUCUACAAUGGUCGAUGACCAUAAUCAAUUCUACUGUCUAGGAGAAGUUGCUUCAGCUGCUGUUCACUAGACUCAAGUUUCGAAGCCUCCUGCUUUUCAAUUGGUUGCGGCAGCAAUGCUUGUUCUAACUAAUUUCUUUGUAACUGUUGUUUGAUCGCGAUUGGUUUUUUCUCAAGACGCAUAAAAUCGAGCAUCGUAAUUUUUUAUUCAUGCGAUCCCUAGUAGUACAACGAGAACUAGACAACAGAUGAUUGAAGGAUAAUGAGCGCCGCGGGUCUUGCACAGAGGAAGAACGGCCUCAACAAGAGAAAUGCC